GCAGAAGCCAAAAAAGUGGGUCCAAAGAAAUAAUAUUUGUCAAGUGUCAGCUUAUAUAACUGCCACCAUCUUCUUCUUCGGCAAGCAACCCACGUUAGAAGCAAACCCAAUUUACCCCAACAAAAUCAAAAUUACUUAACCCAGGCAGGCUCUUCACGAAUCGUUAAGAAUCAUAGACGCAGCCAAAUAUAACCGAAAUGGCCUCCCCUUCUUCUGAUCGGAGAAUUAUCGUUCUGGCGAGACACCUUCGUUCCGGUCUGGAAAUGGAUGCUCCGACCGACCUCAUUUCUGCUUCUCCAACUUCCGGUUUUCAGGAAAACUCAGUUUUCUCUCACGUUGUUCGCGCUCCUGAAGAUCCUAUUCUUGGUGUAACUGUUGCUUUUAACAAAGACCCGAGUCCUGUCAAGCUUAAUUUGGGAGUUGGUGCUUAUCGAACUGAGGAAGGAAAACCUCUGGUUCUCAAUGUAGUCAGAAAAGCUGAGCAUCAGCUUGUUAAUGAUAGGUCACGCGUAAAGGAGUAUCUUUCUAUUGUUGGACUUGCUGAUUUCAACAAAUUGAGUGCCAAGCUCAUUUUUGGAGCUGACAGCCCUGCUAUCCAAGAGAACAGAGUUACAACAGUUCAGUGCUUGUCUGGCACUGGCUCUUUGAGGGUCGGAGGUGAAUUUUUGGCCAAACAUUAUCACCAACGCACCAUAUACAUUCCCCAGCCAACAUGGGGAAACCACCCUAAAGUCUUCACUAUGGCUGGGUUAUCUGUUAAAACUUACAGAUAUUAUGAUCCAGUAACACGCGGGCUGAACUUCCGAGGCCUGUUAGAAGAUCUUGGUUCUGCCCCAUCUGGAGCUAUAGUCCUUCUUCAUGCAUGUGCGCAUAAUCCCACUGGUGUUGAUCCAACUCUUCAACAGUGGGAGCAGAUAAGGCUGGUGAUGAGGUCAAAAGGAUUGAUGCCUUUUUUUGACAGUGCCUACCAGGGUUUUGCAAGUGGAAGUUUGGAUUCCGACGCACAGCCUGUCCGCAUGUUUGUUUCUGAUGGAGGCGAGCUACUUGCAGCUCAAAGCUAUGCAAAGAACAUGGGGCUUUAUGGGGAACGUGUUGGUGCCUUGAGCAUUGUUUGUAAGACUGCUGAUGUUGCAAGCCGAGUUGAGAGCCAACUGAAACUUGUUAUCAGGCCCAUGUAUUCAAACCCGCCUAUUCAUGGUGCAUCUAUAGUUGCUUUUAUCCUAAAAGAUAGGAAUUUGUACAAUGAGUGGACCAUUGAGCUGAAGGCAAUGGCAGACCGUAUAAUUAGCAUGCGUCAGCAACUCUUUGAUGCAUUACGUGCUAGAGGAACACCUGGUGACUGGAGUCAUAUUAUUAAACAGAUUGGAAUGUUCACUUUCACUGGCCUGAACUCUAAUCAGGUUGCCUUCAUGACCAAAGAAUACCACAUCUAUAUGACAUCUGACGGGAGGAUUAGCAUGGCUGGUCUGAGUUCAAAGACAGUCCCUCAUCUUGCAGAUGCAAUACAUGCAGCUGUUACCCGAACUGCUUAAAACAGUCGUCAGUUUCAGUAAUUCUGCCACAAAUUUGGUCACAGCUCAGCCCCUUCUGUUUUUGAUGUUAAUAAGAGCCUAAUAAUAGUUGCAGAAAAGCUUCUUUCAAAUAAGUUUUCUUUCAAAAUUAGAGGUAGAAUCUGUAACAUUUUUAUAAUACAUGCUCUCUGUUUUAGUUUAUCUCCAUAAGCCCUCUUCUAAUGUUCAACCUGGUAUAUCAUUAUCAAUAAAGUGAUUAGCAAUUCAAAAAUA